AAUUAUAGGCAAGAAAAUGACCUGCCAUGGUAGGCCAAGAGACUAACUUUAAGUCUUCUUAAUUACAAUAAUUAGGAUAUUUAUUCUUAUAAUAUUUAGGAAAUUCACUCUAAUAAUAAGAUAAAUAAGAAAUAGGAAGAAAAAAUAAAAAUAAAAAUAAAAAAAAAAGAUAAAUAAAAAUAAAAAUAGUGUCACGUCAUCUUGUCUAUGCUUAACUUUAUAUUAUAUAUAGAUUUUAAAUUAUAUCCAAACGGACUUUAAAAAGUCCAAACCAAGCAAAUAAAUUGAACCGGAGGGAGAGUAUGAAGAACCGUCUCUCUCUCUCUCUUUCUUGAAAAUGAACCAUCACUUUGUUUGCCCAAAUAUCUCAAUCGACACACCUCUCUACAUGCCAGUCCAAAGUUCAUUUGCCGUAACCUGCGAAAACAAUGUCAGCCAUUUCUUCGGACGAACUAGCCGAAAUUCUGUGUCGACUACCAGUUGACUCUGUCUUACGUUUCAGGUGCGUUUCAAAAUGUUGGCGUGCUCUUAUUGAUACUCCUAAUUUUGCGAAAUUGCAUCUUAAACAUUCACCCAAAACAAACUCUAACUUUUGGCUUCUCCUUAGUGAAACUGAAUUUUUUGGAUAUAAAAAACACUGCUUUUACUCUCUACACUUUGAUUCUCUCAACUCCAGAGUUGUUACUCCUAAAGAAUUGACCAAACCUUUGAGUUCUAGUGAAUCUGAUACCAUGAUACUUGGUUCUUGUAAUGGGUUGUUGUUGAUAUCUAAUACUGUAAAUGACCUUGCUUUAUGGAACCCUUCUACUGGGAAGUACAAAAAGUUACCAGUUCUGAGUGUUGUUGUUAGAGAAAAUGGUUAUGUUACAUUUGGUUUUGGAUAUGAUGUUGCUAAUGUUGACUAUAAGGUUGUCAGAAUUAUGCAGUUUCUUGGUACAGAAAAGGGUAGCUUUUUUAGCUCUGAUGUUAAGGUUUAUAGUUUGAAAUCGAAUUCUUGGAACGGGGUUGAGGAAUUCCCUUAUUUACUCCGAUAUAAAGAGGAACCAGGUAAAUCUCUCAAUGGUGUACUUCAUUGGAUUGUCAGUAUUGAGAUGAAGAUACCCUUGCAGAGACUGAUUGUUUCGUUUGAUCUUGAAACUGAGAAGUGUCGGAUUGUACCGCAUCCCCCGUAUUCCGACGAAAACUUUAGUGUGAAGUUGGAGGUGUUGGGAGGCUGUCUUUGCACAUAUCACUCCUACUGGGGUGAUUUUUUUAUCGAUGAUUGGGAGCAUAUGGAUCGUUGUUUGGACUAUAUGGAUGUAUGGGUAAUGAAGGAAGGUGUUAAGGAAUCGUGGACAAAGAUUGCAUCAAUCAAACGGCCUGCUAAUCAUAUUGGAAGUCCUAUGGUCCCUCUGACAUACUCCAACAGUGGAGAGGAAAUUCUGGUGGAACUAGAUAAUAAGCGGUUCCUAUGGACUAAUAUUAACAAGGGCGACACAAAGAUUGUUGAUACUCAAUUUGGCACGUUACGGGCCUUACUAGAUUUCAACAGUUAUGUCUACUUGGGAAGCCUGGUUCAGCUCGGUUCAAGUGAAGGCACAAGUUAUCUGAAGAAACAGUUUAGUCAAGAUGAAAGAGGACAAAGGAAAACCUUAAAGAAGAGAGGAGAUGAUUUCCUUUCAAAGGGGUUCAAGUUGAAGCUUUGAGCUAUAUGUAACGUGAAGAUUUUGACAGGCAAGGAUAUGUGGUCGAAACUAGGCCUGUGCACGAAUCGGCUCGGUUCGGUUUUGGCCAUAAUCGAGUUGAAAUUUCGAAUUUCGACUUUCUAAAAUCCUCAACCAAACUCGAUCCAUUCUAGGUUCAAUUCGAUUCGUUUUUUAUUAUUUCGGUUCGGUUACACAAAUCGAUUUAUUUGGUUUAUUCGAAAUUUAAACAAGUAACUAUUUCAUUUCAGUUUUAGAGUAAACAUAACAAAAAAUAAUGAGAUCCUAAAUUUGCAGUCUUAUAACCAAGACAUUAACCAAGAAAAAAAUUAUAAACUUGCAAGCAUAAUAGCAAAACAAGAGCUUGACAACUUGUGCAAGCAUAUAAAUCUGCCAACACCAUAUUACAUAUACCAAAUUAAUAAUCCAGCAUCUUGCAAUUUGCAAGCAGACAAGCAUAAUAACUCGGUUUACAUUCUCAAAAAAAAAAAAAAAAAAAACUCUAAUUUGUA